CUAAGUGAUGUGGUUGCACGGCGCUUGGCGAGCGCGGCGAGCAGGUGCGCGCGAUCGAUAACAGAUGGCGUCGCAGUCGCCACUGCUGCAGCGCAAGAUCACGUGGGUUGUGGAGGUGGGCCACGUACCGGCCUAUACCUUUGCGCCCUACGAAAAACAUAUGAACCACACUAAAUAUGAGAGGGAAGACGUGCAAAAGAAAACAUUCGCGAAAUGGAUCAACUCGCAGCUCGUGAAGAACGACAAGCCGCUAGUGGAGGACUUGUUCCAGGACCUGCGCGACGGCGAGGUGCUCCUGUCGCUGCUGGAGAUCCUCACCGCGCAGCAAUAUAAACGCGAGCGCGGACGCAUGCGCGUGCACCACAUCAACAACGUGAACACGGCGCUGCACGUGCUCGACACCAACGGCGUCAAGCUCGUCAACAUCAGCAGCAACGACGUCGUCGACGGCAACCCCAAGCUCAUACUCGGUCUCGUGUGGAGCAUCAUACUGCACUGGCAAGUGCACUGGCACCUAAAGGAGCUGAUGUCGGACCUGCAGCAAACGAACCUGGAGAAGACGCUGCUGGCGUGGUGCCGCACGCACACGCAGAAUUACGCGGGCGUGAGCGUGCGCAACCUGUCGUCGUCGUGGGCGGACGGGCUCGCGUUCAACGCGCUGCUGCACCGCUGGCGGCCGCAGCUGUUCGACUACAGCGCGGUGGUGGCGCGCCCGCCCCGCGCGCGCCUCGAGCACGCCUUCGCGCUCGCGCACGCGCACCUCGGCAUCGACCGCCUGCUCGACCCCGAAGACGUGAACACGCCGAACCCGGAUAAGAAGUCGAUAAUGACGUACCUGAUGUGUCUGUUCCAAUCGCUGCCGCACUCGAGCGAGGACGUGGCCGAGGUGGAGAGCGUGCACUCGGAGCCCUCCACGCCCGGCGCCGCGCCCGCCGCGCCCGCCGCGCACGCGCACGCCGCCGAGAUGCCACCAUCGCGGCCAGUGUCGACGGCGACCACCGGAUCGGUGGAGCUGGGCGGGUACUACAGCGCGUUCGAGGAGGUGCUGGCGUGGCUGCUGGAGGCGGAGGAGCGGCUCUCCGACACCGAGCUGCCGCCGGACGAGGAACUCGCCGCGCUGAAGGAGCACUUCCACCGACACGAGCGGUUCCUGCUCGAGCUGUCGGAGCGGCAGGCGCGCGUCGGCGCCGUGCUGGAGGAGGGCGCGCGGCUCGUGCUCGACGCCGGCCUGUCGCGCGACGAGGCCGCCGAGGUGCGCCUGCAGGUGCGUCUGCUCAACCAGCGCUGGGAGCAGCUGCGCGCACGCGCCAUGGACGCGCAGGCCGGCGUGCACGCCGCGCUCAUGCGCGCCCAGCAGCGACACCUGGACCAGUUCCGCCAGUGGCUCACCGACACCGAGGACCGCAUCUCGCGCAUGGGCGCGGGCGGCGAGGGCGCGGGCGCGCGCCUGGAGCGGCAGCUGGCCGCCGUGCGCGCGCUGCACGAGGACCUGCGCCGCCAGCAGCCGCACGUCGACGCGCUCGCCGACUGCGUCGUCGUGGUCGACGACGACCCGAGGCACCACGACGAUGUGACAGAGAUCGAAGAUCAACUGACUGCGCUGAGCGAGCGAUGGUCACACACGUGUCAGUGGACCGUGCAGCAGUUGCAGCGGCUGCAGGGGCUGCAGGCGCGCUGGACUUCGUUGCUUGACCAACAUAACGAGCUGCUUCAAGCGUGCGACGCACACGAAACGGCACUUAAACAGAUGGAAGCGAACCCCGCGAGCGAGAUCGGCGAGGUGCUGGCGCGCAUCGCGGAGCUGCAGCGCAUCAAGCACGGCAUCUCGGUGCAGCGGCGCGGCGCGGCCGCACACCUCGAGCAGGUCGCGGCGCUCGGCGACGGCGACGCGCACCUGCUCGAGCGCGCCGAGGCGCUGCACGACCGCCUCGACGCGCUGCUCAUGAUCCUCGACGUGCAGGCGCAGCGGAUAAAGGAGCUCGGGUUCGAGUUCGACAUCAACACGACAGAAGAGAUGUCGGAGGCGGACGCGAGUAGUGCGACGGAGGCGGGCACGCGGACCGUCACUACCACCAUGACCGUGGCGACACCUGUCGACACGCGCUCCGGCGCCAAGAAGCCGCGUCUCGACGCCGACGUUGCCGGCGCUGACUUCCAAGUCGGCUAUAAGGUGUUUGAGAACUGGGCCGAUGAGGCCGAGAAUACGCUCGAAAAUUGUCGGCGCGAGCUGGAGCAGGGCGCGGGCGCGGGCGCGGGGGGCGGGGCGCGCGCGGGCGUGCGCGCGGCGCUGGAGCGCGUGCGCGCCGAGAUCGAGCUGCAGCGCGCGGACUUCGCCAACGUGGAGGAGAUACAGCGCCGACUCGCCGCCGAGGACGGCCUGCAAGAGGAUGCGAAACGACAUGCCGAAAGCAUCGACCGGCUGAAAAAACGAUGGGAAAACAUUCGACGAACCUUAUUGGAGAUGAGUAACACGAUGAACCUGCUUGAGGACAAGGACAACUUCAACAAGAAUGUUGAGGCGUUCCAAAAGGAACUAGAUGAGAUCCACGCGUGGAAGAACAAGAUGUUGAAGGAGAAGCCGACGACAAACCAGUUGAUACAUUUGCGGAACAAAAUUCGCCUUGCCAAACAACUGGAGAUGAAGCUGAAGGAACUUAACGCGCAGUCGAUAAUACUGCUCACCAAGCCGCUACCGAAGGCGCACAAGGACGAGGUGGAGGCGGACUCGAAGCGGCUCAACGACGCGUACGAGGAGCUGAUGUUGUACCUCAGCAAGAAGGAGGUGGAGAUCAAGCUCGUCGUCAACAAGAAGCCCGAGGAAAAGCACGAGGACGAGUUCAAGAACUUACAGAACAAAGUGAACGAGAUGGAGUCGCGCAUCAUAUCGGAGCACGCCAUGAUCACGUCGCCGCAGCGCAUGCGCGACAAGCUGCUCGAGCUCACGCGGCUGCGCGAGGAGUUCGUGGCGCUGCAGACCUCGUACGACAGCGUGGUGCGGGAGCGCAGCGAGAAGUACGACAAGGGCAGCCUGCAGGAACUCAACUUCAGGAGCAGCCUCGAGAACUUGGUCACGCGUUUUGGGGACACCAAGACUAUUCUCGACCAGAAAAUGAAUAAACUACAAAAUGGAGUGAAAUUGCUCGAACAAUUGGAGUCUAGCUCUACAGAGCUGAAGCAGUGGUUGGACGGUGUGGAGCGGUUCCUAGAGGAAAACGAGUACAUCCCCGUGGGAGAGGUCGAGCCGCUCGAGCGUCUGCUCGAUACCAGCAAUAAAUACGACGAAGACAAACAGACGUACAAGUCCAAGCUCGACGACAUCGAGAAAACGAAGGAAACGAUACUCGAAGACUGCGACGAGACUCUCGCGAAAGCAAUCAAAAGCGAAACGAGCGAGCUCAAGAAACGAUACGACACCAUCACCGACAAGUGUUUCACACACAACGAGAACCUGCGGCGCGCUCUCGAGAAGACCGAGACUGUGUUCCGCAAGAUCGACGAGGUGGAGAAGUGGCUGCAGCAGCUCGAGGAGCAGAUCCCCAAAGAGGAGGAGUGCAACAUCACUGACUCCGCCGAGUUGUACCAGAUGAAAACGCGCUUCCAGACGCUCAAGGAGAAGUGCGACGACAAGACGCAGGAGUUCCGCAACCUCAACGACGCCGGCGGCGAGGUGCUCGAGGCGGCGGCGGGGCGCGCGGCGCUGCUGGCGCGCCGGCUCACGCAGCUCAGCGCGCGCUGGAGCGACGGCACGCACGCAGUCUACGAGCGGCACAAGAUCCUGGCGGAGGCGUGGCACGAGUCGGGGGAGCUGCGCGCGUGGCUGGCGCAGGAGGCGGCGUGGCUCGACGGGCUGCAGCGCCGACUGCGCGCCCCGCCCGCGCCGCGCGCAGACGCCGAGGACCUCUGCGACCAUCUAUACGACCUCGAGAACUACAUUCAAAAUCACAGCGACGAGCGGCUGUCGCGCAUCCAAGACAUCGGGCGGCAGCUGAUCGACGCGCAGAUAAUGCCCGGCUGGAUCCAGGCCGAGAUCGACACCAUCACUGAGCGGUGGAACGCGCUGCAGGCCGAGGCGGCGGAGCGCAGCGCGGCGCUGGAGGUGGAGGCGCGCGAGGCGGCGCAGUGCGAGGUGGCGCUGGACGCGCUGCAGCGCUGGCUCGAGGCCGCGCCGCGCGUCGCCGACCUGCCCGAGCGCCGCGCCGACCUGCGCCGCGUGCAGCAACAACUACACAAGUACCAGGCCGCCGGCAAGGCGGAGGCCGCCGCGCGCCUGCACGACAAGCUCGAACACGUGCAGAAGCAGCUGGCGGCGGUAGAAGAGCGCGCGGAGGCGGGCGAGGCGGUGGCGGCGGUGCCGGCGGGCGCGGGCGCGGGCGCAGGUGACGUGUCGGCGCGGCUGUGCAGCGCGACGGGUGCGCUGCAGCGCGUGCAGCGCGAGUGUGCGCGCGCGCUGCCGCUGGCGGGCGCAGACCCCGACUCAGUGCGCGCGCAGCUCCGCACCUGCCUCAAAUUCUAUCGGACCCUGAGUGAAAUUAAAUCCGAAGUGGAGUCCAUCAUCAAAACCGGCAGAAAAAUGGUCGAGGAGAAGUCGGUCCCGGAGCCGGCAGAGUUCUCGAAGAAAAUCGACACACUGAAAGAGUUGUACAACAAGCUCGGCGCCCAGAUCACAGAGUCCAAGACGAAACUGGAGAACGCGCUGCUGACGGCGCGCGAGAUACAGAACGACGUGCACGCGCUCACCGCCUGGCUCGACGGGCUCGGCGCGCGCGUCGGCAAGCAGGCGCUCGAGCUCGAGAUGUCGCGCAUGGAGGCCGUCAAGGACAAGCUCGCCGCCAACUACGACGAGUUCGCCAAGCACUGCGACCCGCCGCGCCUCAGCGGCCUGCGCGACCAGAUCGACGCCAUCAACCGGCGCUGGGACAAGCUGCGCCGCCCCGCGCGCCGCGAGCACGAGCGCGAGCACGACCCCCCGCGCGAACACGACCCCGCCGCGGCGGCCGCGCACAAAGAGAGCACGGGCCUGGUCGAAUACGAGAACGUUACCGACACCAUCAAACGACGUUUAGAGAGCCCCGUCGAUACGCCCGACGCGGAGAAGCCAGAGUUUAAAAAGUCUAAAAUACCGCUAGCGCUCAAAAGUCCCGUACCCAUUAAGAAGGAGAUCAAGGAGGGCGGCAACAGGAGUCGCGCGUCCUCCCUGGAGCGCGGACGGCGGCCCUCUGAAAGUCCUCUGCGGGAGAGUGUCAGCAGCGCCAUGUCCACGGACUCCAUGGAGCGCGCCUCCUCGCGCGUCAGCUCCGCGCCUUCCACUCCCGGCACGCCUCGUAAAGAAAGCAGCACUUUUAAUUUGUUGAAGGAUAGCGACCUCUUCACGCAGAUAUCUAACAACAACAUCCAACCCGAAACCGCCGUGACCGGUUCCGUUGUCCAAUCAGAUCCGUGUCACGUGGUCGCCGUUAAGGAACACGAGAUCGUGAAGUCCACCGUGAGCCCCGUGGAACCGAUGGAGAUAUACCCUUUCGAAGCGAUAGACGCCGUGGUCGAGUUCGUGCCACAGAACGUUGAGACGGUCGAGAUCAUCGACGACACAGAAAACGAAUCGUACAGUGAAUCGGACGGCGAGGAGCGAGGCGCUGCGGAAACGAAAACAACCGCCGUACACUUCGGCAGCGAACCGAAAACCUUCGUGAUAGAAGUGAAGACGCUCGAGCACAGAAUGAAGCCAACGCUCGGUAUCUUGAAGCGCAAGUGCUCGGAGGAGGAGGUGGAGACGUCGAUGCGCACGCGCACGUGCACGCCGCCGCGCACGCCGCCGCGCACGCCGCCGCCCACGCCGCUCGAGCCGUCCGCCGCCUGCCCGCUGCUCUACGACCUCGCCGUGCGACAGAAGGAGGCGCAGCGCAACCUGCGGCGCGACGAGGUGAACGAGUACCUCAUCCUGGACGAGGUGCCGCGCGACCAGGCGGCGCUGCCCGAGCCCUCCGCCACCGAACACAUCGCCAACGACCAGCUCGACCCGCCCGACGUCUCGGGUACGCCCCUUAAGAAGGCUGGCGUCGGCGCAGUGUCGCAGACUGUCCAGGACAAGUUGGACCUGUGUCAGGAGGAAGAAGUCAUAUAUUCCGAAGUUGAAGAUAGGCCACAGUCGCGCGUGUCGACGAGCGAAUUUGACGAGAAACCGCCGCUGUCGACGUCGACACCGAUCAAGCACGACGAGCGCCGGCCGGCCCACGUGGUCGCCAUGUCGCCCAAACCAGCCGCCGAUGCCGACAAGGACGAGUCAGCGCCGCCGAGCCCACCGCCCAACUCCGUCAGAGACCACAAGUCCCCCACGCCGCCUGCCAAGUCACACAUACCCAUUAGCAAGGAGCGCCUCAAGACUCAGGGCGAGAAAUACCAAAGAACUGACGAUAUCACACAACAGGCGGAGGCGGAGGCGGCGGCGGAGCCGGCGGUCGCCGCGGCGGCGGAGUCGGCGGUGCGCGCGCGCUUCCCCGGCGAGUGCGACGCGGCGCUCGAGCAGUUCGAGGCGGAGGCGGGCGCGCUGUCGCGCCGCAUGGACGUCAUGCUCGUCACCGUCGGCGGCGUCGACGUCGAGCGCGACCCCGGCAAGCGGCUGGAGAUCCUAAAGAACCAGUUGGGUCUGCUGGCACCGGACGCGGCGGCGCUGAUCUCGCGUGGCGACUCACUGGUCUAUGAGAAACACAAGAAGAACCCUCUGCUGGCCGACUACAUACAGACGCAUUUCCAGGAUAAGUUGCGUAACAAGUGGUCGAUGGUGAUGUCGGAGAUCGAAAUCAAACGCAACCAAGCGAUAAAAGCGGAGGACAACAUAAAGGAAGUAAACAAGUUGGUGGAGACGAUCCGCGCGUGGCUCGCGGAGCUGGACGCGCUGGUGGCGGCCGACGACCCGGAGCCGCUGCGGGCCGGCCUGCUCGACCGCGACGGCGACGCCGAGCGCCUGCACGAGCUGUGCCGCGAGCUCAAGGCGCAGCGCGUGGGGUACGCCGACCGCGCCGUCGCCGACGCACUCGCCGCGCUCGCCCGCGCCCGCGACGCCGCACACGCCGCGCUCGCCGCCAGGGACAAGAGGACCAAGCCCGAGGCGGGCGAGGCGGCGGCGUGCGAGUGGGUGGCGCGCGCCAACAGAGCGCGUGCUGCCGUGGCGGCGGCGGGCGCGCCGCUCCGAGCCGCGCCGCUCGCCGGACGGGACUUCGAUGACUUCCCGCUGCAGGAGGACGCGCUCGCGCGUGUAAAAUCGGCGAUGGAAGACAUCCAGACGAUGAUCGACGAAACCGAGAAAGAAUACACGUGGAUAAGUAAGAAAUGCCGUCCGGAGCAGAGCGGCCAGGCGGCGCGCGUGCGCGACAAGCUGCGCGGCGAGUGGAGCGCGCUGCGCGACGCGCACGCCGACCGCGCGCGGCGCUGGGCGCGCUGCCAGGCCGUGUGGGCCGCGCUCUACCGCGCGCUCGACGCCGCCGGCGACUGGCUCGACGGCGCCGAGCGCGCGCUGCACGCCGCCGAGGACCCGCGCCUGCCGCUCAAGGACCUCAAGCAGAAGCUGCGCGACCUCGAGCGGCAGAUGGCCGAGCGCGCCGCGCUGGCCGAGGAGGCGCGGGCGGGCGCGCGCGCCGUCGCCGGGGCGUGCGCGCCCGCGCUCGCGCGCGACGUGCUCGACCAGGUGGAGGCGCUGGCGGAGCGCUGGGCGGCGGCGGCGGCGGCGCUGGCGCGGGUGCGCGCGCUGGCGGCGACGCGCAGCGCCGAGGCGGCGGGCGCGGGCGGUGCGGGCUGGGCCGCGGCGGCGCACACGCAGUUGCGACUGGUGGCCGAGCUGCUCGAUACUACCACGCCCAACCCUUCCGACCGCACCAGCCUCUCCAUACGACUCAGCCUUGUCAAGGCGCGCGAGGAGGAGCUGGCGGGCAAGCUGCGCGAGAUGGAGGUGCUGCGCAAGAACAAACAGCUGCCCAAGGGAGAGCAGACCAACUCGCUGCAGGACCAGCUGGAGAAGGCGCAGACGAACCUGUCGGCGCACCGUUCGUACCUGACGAGCAAGCUGUCGGCGCUGGGCAAGUACUCGGCGCGGCUCGAGGCGGCGGCGGCCUGGCUCGGCGAGACGCGCACGCGCGCCAACAUCGCCGCCGACCUGCCGCCGCACCAGCGCGACGGCCUCAUGCGCAACAUCGCCGCGUGCGUGCAGGACCGCGAGGCGGAGGUGCGCGAGGUGCUCGAGAACUACAACAACAUGGAGCGCGAGUGCGUCGCCGCCAAGCAGAGCGUGUGCCCCGACCUGCGCGACAAGCUCGCCAGGCUCAAGGACGACUGGGCCGCGCUGCGGGCCGCCACCGCCGCCGCCACCGCCGCCGCCACCGCCGCCGCCACCACCACCACCGCCGUCACCACCGCCACCAGCGAGCCCGGCACGCCGCGCAAGGGAUCGCUCGACAGCCAGGCCAGUGACUGGAGCGGGCGGUCGUCGGGGCGGCGUCGCUCCUCGCAGCAGUCGCCGGCCGCGCUGCUCGCGCACUUCGACACCACCGUGCAGCAGAUCCGCGACUGGGUGUCGGUGGAGGUGGACAUGUUGCGCGCUCAGUCGGUGGCCGUCGGCGACGUCGACGACAUCCUGCACCAGCUCGACAAGCAAAAGGGAGUUCUCCGCGAGCUGGAACAGAAGAAGCCACAACUAGACGAGUUGCUGCACACCGCGGAGAGUCUCAAGGGCACCGAGAACAGGCAGCAGCUGCAUGGCAAAGACAGGUCUGGUUUCCCCGAGUCCAAAACAAGCGCCCCUCUAUUGUAUCUGAGAGCCCUGUUGAAAGUAACAGCGCUCCGCGAGCACUGGGAUGAAGCGAAUGCUCGGGUGCUCCAGCGCAAGGCGCAGCUGGACGCGAUGCUUGGUGACUCGCAGCGGUACGAGGCGCGCAGGCGCGACGCUGACGCUUGGCUCUCGCGCAUGGAAACGCGGCUGGCAGCCAUGCCGCCGCCUGGACACACUGCUGAUGUACUUGAGAUGCAGCUUCGGGAACAGAAGUCAUUCCACGCUGAAGUGCAUCAGUACAAACACCAGAUCGAGUUAUUCGGCCAGCUGACACAGCGUCUCAUUGCAGUCUACCGCAAUGAUGACACCUCGCGCAUCAAACGCUCCACUGAGGCCAUCAAUCAUAGAUACAACGAGCUGAACAAUAGCAUCGUCGCCCGCGGUAAAGCACUGCAUUCAGCAGUAUCAUCGCUGCAGAACUUCGACCGCUCUCUCGAGAACUUUGUCGCGUGGCUUAGUGAAGGGGAAUCGUUGCUGGACGCUGCUGAGAGAGAUCCACAUCUGCUUAAGGACCUCCAGUCGGAGAUCGAGACGCACCGCGAUGUGUACGCGUCCCUCACCGGUACCGGGAGGAGGCUCCUCGGCAGCCUCUCCUCCCAGGAAGAUGCUGUCAUGCUGCAGCGGCGGCUGGACGAGAUGAAUCAGCGCUGGCACCAUCUCAAGGCGAAGAGUAUGGCGAUACGGAAUCGCCUGGAAAGCAACGCGGAGCACUGGUCAGCGUUGCUGUUAUCACUGCGCGAGCUCACCGAGUGGGUGAUCAGGAAGGAGACGGAGCUGAAUGCGCUUGCGCCGCCUAGGGGCGAUCUCACGGCUUUACUCAAACAACAGGACGACCACCGCGCGUUCCGCCGGCAAUUGGAAGACAAGCGGCCGGUGGUUGAGAGCAACCUGCUCAAUGGGCGGCAGUACAUUGCCAACGAGCCGCCUCUCUCGGAUACCAGUGACACUGAACCAAGCCGCGACAACGAAGGUGACUCUCGAGGGUACCGCUCUGCCGAGGAGCAGGCUCGGGAGCUGGCGCGCUCCAUCCGCAGGGAGGUGGCCAAGCUGGCUGACAAGUGGAACACCUUGGUGGACCGCAGCGACGGCUGGGGACGCUGUCUCGAUGACGCUGUGCAGCGCGUCCGGGCCUUCACUACCUCACUGGACGAGCUCUCCGGCCGCGUGCAAGCUGCCGAGGCCGCGCGCUCCUCAUGGCGCGGGCCGGGCGACGCUCGCGAUGCACGUGCGCAGCUCGACGCCGUGUCGCGUGCGCGUGCGCAGCUGCCGCCGCUGCGUCGAUUGGCUGAUGAACUCCACCAGCAGGCGCAGGCCCUAGCAAGGGAUAAGAUCCAACUACCAGAGCAUUUGCUGGCGAAACUUGAUGAUUUGAAUACCAGAGUAUGCGCUCUCUGCGCGGGAGGUGAGGAACGUGCCCGCCAGCUAGCAGGCGUGGCGCGGGAUGGCGGCGCUGGUGCCGCACAGGGCUUCCUUGCUGGCUCAGUAGACCCACCAUGGGAACGAGCUGUCACGCCCGCUAACGUACCUUAUUAUAUCAAUCAUGAGUUGGAGACGACGCACUGGGACCACCCGAAGAUGAUUGAGCUAAUGAACUCGCUGGCAGACCUCAACGAGGUGCGCUUCUCCGCGUACCGCACCGCGCUCAAACUAAGAACUGUGCAGAAGGCGUUAUGCAUGCACAUGCUGCAGCUGCCGGCGGCGCUGGAGGCGUUCGACUCGCACGGCCUGCGCGCGCAGAACGACCGCCUCAUCGACAUCCCCGAUAUGAUCACCGUGCUCACUUCUUUAUACGAGGUGAUAGCGGCAGAAAAUCCAAGCCUAGUGAACGUACCACUCUGCCUGGACCUGUCCAUCAACUGGCUACUGAAUGUGUACGACAGCCAGCGCACCGGCCAGAUCCGCGUGCUCAGCUUCAAAGUUGGCCUGGUGCUGCUCUGCAAGGGACAUCUCGAGGAGAAGUAUAGAUAUCUAUUCCGACUGAUAGCAGACCCGUCGUGUCGAGCGGACCAAAGGAAACUUGGCCUGCUCUUGCACGAUUGUAUACAGGUGCCACGACAGCUAGGAGAGGUGGCGGCGUUCGGAGGCUCCAACAUCGAGCCCUCCGUCCGCAGCUGCUUCGAGCAGGCGUCGGCCGCCAGAGAGCCACCACGGACCGCCACGCUGGAUAGAAAGCCUGCAGAAAAAGAGAAAGAGAAAGAAGAAUCAAAAGAGAAGACCCUGGAACGCGACGCGGAUGGACAGCUGCAGCACAUCGAAGCGUUCCACUUCUUGCAGUGGCUGCAGAAGGAGCCGCAGUCCAUGGUGUGGCUGCCGGUGCUGCACCGCCUCGCUGCUGCUGAAAGCGCCAGGCAUCAAGCCAAGUGUAAUAUCUGCAAGGAGUAUCCCAUCGUCGGCUUCAGAUACCGAUGCCUCAAGUGCUUCAACUUCGACAUGUGCCAGAAGUGCUUCUUCAACGGACGCAAGGCGAAGAACCACAAGCUCACGCAUCCCAUGCAGGAGUACUGCACAGCUACAACGUCUGGUGAGGACGUGCGCGACUUCACGCGAGCCUUGCGCAACAAGUUCAAGUCGGCGAGGUACUUCAAGAAACAUCCACGAGUGGGAUAUCUGCCCGUACAGACUGUUCUAGAAGGAGACGCGCUGGAGUCCCCCGCCCCGUCCCCGCAGCACGGCGCAGGCGCGGCGGGCGCGGGCGGCGCGGGCGCGCGCUCGGACGACAUGCACUCGCGCCUCGAGCUCUACGCCUCCCGCCUCGCGCAGGUCGAGCUCGGCGCCGCCGACAACACGCCGGACAGUGACGAGGAGCACCAGCUGAUCGCGCAGUACUGCGCGUCGCUGAACGGCGCCGCCGACAGCGAGGAGGCGCCGCGCUCGCCCGUGCAGGUCGUCUCCAUCAUACACCGCGAGCAGCGACACGAACUCGAGGCCAUGAUACGGGAACUGGAAGAGGAGAACGCCAGUCUCCAAGCGGAGUAUGAGCGCCUGAAAGCCAAGCAGACGCCAGGAUCCACUCCAGAGGAGCAGCACGGACUCACUGACAACAGGAACGCACCGGCUGAUCAGGACAUGAUGGCGGAGGCGCGCCUGCUGCGGCAGCACAAGGGCCGGCUCGAGGCGCGCAUGCAGAUCCUCGAGGAACACAACCGGCAGCUCGAGGCUCAGCUGCAGAGACUGCGGCGGCUGCUCGAUGAGCCGGCGCAGGGCUCGCCGCCGGCGCGCACGGGCACGCUGCAGACGCGCUCCGUCACCGCCUCGCAGCUCGCCACCGACUCGCCCGCCAAGAUGCACAACGGGCUCUACCACGAAUCGCAGACCAAUGGCGGCGGUCGCUGGGCGGGCGCCGAGCGCGAGGCGCUGGAGCGGCCGCCGCCGCCGCCGCACUCCGUGCACUCGCUCAUGCACUGCGCAGACGACCUAGGCCGCGCAGUGGAGGAGCUGGUCUCCGUCAUGACGGAAGAGCCAGCCCAAUCGCACGCACCGCCGCAGUACACCAACGGCAAGCCGGCCCAGGAGUGACCCAACGGUGCUCAUCUUGGACGCUGUGACCGUCACGAUCACUAGUGGUCAACAUGGGCGCUAAAGGCGGCCAACGUGAUCACUAAUAAUGGCCAUGGUUAUCAGUGAUGAUUACUAUGGUCACCAGUAGCGACCACCAUGGUGUCAGUGAUGACUAUCAUGGUUUCGCUAAUGAUGACCAUGGCCAUCAGUGGUGAUUACCAUUGUCAUCAGUGGUAACCAGGUCGCUAGACGAUUCUGACAACACUGUCGACCGCUACAAUGGUAUUGCUUUAGAACAAACUUUUCCUUGUUAUUUACUAAAUGGUAGAAAUCAAUUACUAGGCAACAUUGAGUUAAUGUCAUUAAAAAUUCUACUAAACGAUAAUUAUAAAAUGCUAAAUAAUGGCGAAAGAACUUGCCCAGCAUUUCGUUUGUUCAAAUUUUAUGAGAUUAUCUAACAUAGUCGUGCAUGUUAGUAUCUCUAAUUACUUAAGAUCAUAUAUGGCGAAUUCAGAACUAAUUAGAAUCUUAAGUUCAACGCAAAAGUGUGCAAAGACAUCGAAAUACGUAACAUAAUUAAUUGUUAAGCUAAAAUGCUUUUUAAUAUAUUCCAUUACAGCUGGUAUUCAGUUGUAAAAAUUAUGCUAUGCUUUAAACUCGAAAGGAAAAGUUUGUUACACAAUUUUCUACUAAUUUUCGACUCAUCACUAACAAGUGCACUGUACAUUGACUGUCUUGGCUUAGAUCGCUUGUUGACGUCACGGGUUUUGGGGGAAUAGUCACAUUAUUUAAAAUUAUUUUUGAGGGUCCAAGACCCAAGUGAACCGCUUUAGGUGAUAAUAUAGAUAAAAAUAUCUUUAUAGUAUCACCUAAAGUCGCCACAAUAUGGUGUACCAAACCCUACUCAUAAAAGUGGUUAAGUGAUAAUGUUUUUAUUGAAAUUACAGUUAUAUUAUGCUAUAACCACUGCGCUCGAGUGACGUGGUGUAUAUCCCAAAUGGGAGUGACCAUGUUUACAGUAAAAUCUCGAAGCCGUACGUUGCCCGAUUCAAAUCCGUAAAUCCUCUAAUAUAAAAUCAAGAAUUAAUGACCAUUUAUGAAAUUAGAGAUAGUGACCACAAAAAAUCGCUUUUCAUGCCAGGUUAUAAAAAAACUUAACCAAACACAAGACCAUAGGCUGCUCUCAGCUAUUUCACCAAAAAUAGUCUAGUCAGCAAGCGACCUUAUUAUACAUAAGCCCUAACAUUCCAAUUCCACGCUAACCGGGCUAACGAGGGGGCACUUAAAGAGUAGAAGCCUGUGAGGUGACGGCUGUGUGGGACUAACACAACACGCGACAGAGAGCUGGUUUGGCCUGAUCCAUAGUAAACUGCUCAAUUUCCAUCAAGUAUUUUAUCGAAAAAGGUAAAAAAAGUAAAUAAGUAUUACUCUUGUCUUAAAUGUUUGAACAGUUUGUAUGUAAAAGAAUAAUGGAAGAGUAAUGUUCAAAUGCUACCUUGCAACAGGGCGAUCUACAUUUCUUGGUAGUCAGCAUGCUUCCUAUGUAAUUUAGUAAGAUUUUCUACUAUUUUAUACUUUUCUGAAUCUAUACAAAUAUUUGCUAUUCAUAUUGCUAUAGUUAUGUCAUCCCAGCUCUACAUUUAGUUCACAUUAGCCGCGAGUUCGAACAAACGAUGAACGUAUGCAACGCUUAUUGUAUUAAUAAGGGCAUGCCAUUGUUGCAGUACGUGUCGUGAUUGAGUCGAUCCGUCUCCUUCCAUUCCCUAUUUUUUCGUAGUAUGGCAACCCUGACAGAUUUUCUACUAUUUACGUUUUUCCCCCCACGAACGGCGGUAGUGUUGCCAGAACGAUGCCAUCCAACGAAAAAGACAAAACGUAACGAGCAUUUAUAAUUAUAUAUAUUUAACAAAACGUACCAAAAUUGUCGAUACUUAACUUUUUAUCGUUUAAGUACAUAUCUUAUUAGUACAAUCUUCAUUAAUAUCAUAUCACGACUUGUAUACUUCCAUAUCAUUUUGCUGUGUAUAAAAGUACAGGCACGUGUAAAAUAUCACGUAUUGUUUAACUGAGAUGUAAUCUUCAAAAUGUUUCCUUAAGACAGCUUCCGCAGUGUGACCACAUUUUCUGAAAGAUUCUACCGUAGAAUCAGUUAAUAGACUAAGACUUCAUUACAUAUGUAGAUGAAAUUAGAUGUCAUGUCAUACAUUAUAUAUACAAUAUACUAAAAUGGUAGUAAUCGGUAAAGUCUGGUCACACUGAACAAAGAGCUUAGAGCUUUAAAAUGGAUCACAAUGUGAGCGAGCUUUAAUUACGAGACAUUUUAACGCUGCAAAACUAAAUUCGUACAUCACCGGAUAUGGCCUACGUUUUAGUGGAAAAUGUAUCAGAGAACUCCGAACUUUGAAAAAAUUAUAUGCCUAUUAAAGGCGGUAGUUAAUUGGAUUCGUUAAACAGUUUUACGAGUAGCAUAGUUGUAGCCAAAUGAAAUAUAAUCGAGCAUGUUAACACGUGCAUGUUUGUGUAUGUUAUAAACGAGUUAUCGAAAUUAAAAUAAUGUAUUGUUAGAGAUGAGAAAAUAAUCCUGUGCUUCGAUGCAACGUAGUGACUGUAUUGUUUCCUUCGCGACAACUUCGACUGUCUGAAAUAGAAAGUGACUUACGCAUCGAUAACAUUCAAUCGAUGUUCUGCAUAUCACGUGACAUAUCGAUAUUAAAUCGAACUUGACAAAAUCGGUGCCGGUUUUAUUACAACCACCGUGUUUUUCGAGUUGACAAUGGAUAUGUCGAUACAUGUUACCGAUGCUAAAGUCACAUAUUAUAGUGAACUCUUCUUAGUGAUUAUAAAAAUGUAUCCAAUACUUUUUCACUAAUACAAAACGUCACAAUGACACGUUUUAGGAUAAUGUUGGGUGUGACGAAUUUUUUAUGUCCCAUUCGUAUAUCGAUAUAUAAUGUGUCUAGUAAGAUGCUGCCUACCUUUUUAGAUAAGGAUAUAUUCAAGAGAUGACUUUUAUACGAACGUUAAGUAAACCUGUUGAAGCUAACUUUAUAUUAAGAACUUCCUAUCGUAACCAUAUCACUUUUAUUUUCUUCGAGUCGAUGUCUGAAAUUUUGAAUUUGGUAGAAAUUUGUUUACUGUCUGGCAACAUUCAAAAUUUCACAACACCGGCUUUAUAUUAAUUUGGCUAAUUUUAUAUUUAAGUGGAAAGCACAAUUUAUGUUUAUUUUAACGGAAAUUCAACACUAAUAUAUUGUUAAUAAUUUUAUUUUGUUUAUGUAGGCGCGUAGUUAUUUUCUGUUUCAAAAUUCAUAUAAUUUUUAAUAUUGGCAAUUUCGAAUGUACUACUUCGAGCAUUUAUUUGUAUAUUUUACCGAGUUUAUAAUGUUUUUAGAUAUUAAUUAAAUCCAAAUAAACAUUCAGCAUAGUAAAA